UUUCACGUCUCCUUACUCAUCAUCUGUUUUCUUUUUUUUUUCGAAUAAACAAGGUGGAAGGUGCCAUUUUUGUUAUUGUAAUGUUGAAAAAUAAAGGAAAUUUCAGUAAAAAUGUGUAGAUUUAUCGGAUUAUUCUUUCUAUUAAUAUACAUAUCUCUUAUCAAUAGAUCAUCAGCCUUCAAACCCUUUCGAUGUUGGGAAUACGAUCGCCCAGCUCAUGAAGGAGCUGUAUUUAAUGGUACUCUACCCAAUGGUACAAAAGUUGAUGCCGCUACCACCGAAUUCAUCAGUACGCCUCAGUAUCUUUACUGUACUGAGGAAGCUAAUUCGUGUUUUGUAGCUUGGAAGUACGUAAAUGGAACCAUUACACCGGAAAAAAUGAGUUGUUUUCAAUCCAAUGGAAACGAAUGCGAUAAUGAGAGAUGUGUCGAUACAAGUCUUAACGGAGUAAGAAGCGUAAUUUUCUUCUGCUGUUGCCCUAGAGAAGGAUGUAAUGGUAAUUUUACGUGGGAACCCACUUCCACAAUUUCAACGCCGACAACUGCUCUACCUGUUAAAUUCGAAGCCGAUGAUACCAUAUCGUUCUACUUGGUUUACGUUUUGUUUCCAAUAUCCAUGGUAUUAUUGUUGAUAAUAAUGUACUUGUUGAAGAAAAGGAAAUAUUACUUCAGUCAGAUACCUAAUAUGGAUCAGCAUUCGCAAUCGAUUCCUGGCACUCCGCCGAACGAUAAAUUACGUGUUAUCAAACUCGAAGAAACGAUUGCUCGAGGCAAAUACGGUGCUGUAUGGAAAGCUACUCAUAAAAAUGAGUUAGUUGCUGUGAAAAUAAUGCCUGCCCAGGAAAAACAACCCUGGUUGACGGAGCAAGAAGUGUAUAAAUUACACCAUAUGGCUCAUGAGAACAUAUUAGCCUUCGUCGGAGCUGAAAAAAGAGGCGAUAGUAUACGUGCCGAGUACUGGAUUAUCACCGCUUAUCAUCCGAUGGGAUCACUGUACGAUUAUUUGAAGACCCAUACUAUCACAUGGGAGCAAUUUUUACGCUUAGGGUUCUCUAUAGCGAGAGGAUUGACCCAUUUGCACGAGGAAAUUAUGCCUACCAGAGGAGACGAUUAUAAACCGGCGAUAGCCCAUCGUGAUUUUAAAAGCAGUAACAUUUUAUUAAAGAACGAACAAACAGCUUGUAUAGCUGAUUUUGAUCUCGCUUUGAUUUUCAAACCAAAUCGAGCCUGUGGAGAUACACAUGGUCAGGUUGGAACACGAAGAUACAUGGCGCCGGAAGUUUUAGAAGGUGCUAUCAACUUCUCUAGUGAUUCGUUCCUUCGAAUAGAUACGUACGCUUUUGGACUAGUUCUUUGGGAACUUGCAAGUCGUUGUUCGUCUUUUUACCAGGAUCCGGUUCCUGUCUAUAAGUUACCAUUUGAAGCCGAAAUUGGCGUUCAUCCAAGUCUAGAAGACAUGCAAGAAAUAGUCGUGCAACAAAAACGAAGACCUAUUAUCAAACAAUCGUGGUUAAAUCAUCCUGGCUUCGCAAUUUUGAACUCUUGUAUCGAGGAAUGUUGGGAUCACGACCCCGAAGCACGUAUAUCCGCUUCCUGUGUAAUGGAACGUUUCUUAGAACACAUAAAAUUUUCCGAAUCACCCUCGACACCUUUAUUGUAUAACGAUACCAUGACGUCCGAUGCUGUAAACAACAUCAAUCCUGAACUUACUAACGGUUAUCUAUCUGUAUAGAUAUUUUUAAGUUUUGAUUUAUUUUUUGGUGUGCCGUUUCCGUCUAAUAAUUCUGUAUCUGUACCCCGGGAGAUAUUAAUUUCGUAGAGUUUAAUAGCCCGUAGACAGACCAACAGGAGUGUGAAGUGAGUCGAUUAGCUGUUAAGAAGUAAUCAAAAUGUCAAUUGUGUCGGUAUUCCUGCGGGAGAAGAUCGAUUGACAUCUGACGAAUGAACAUAUAUAUUGAACUUUCGUAAAUACGACGUAAUAUUGUUUUAACGUAGGUUUAAGUGAUUACUGCCAUUGUAUGUUUAAAUGUUUAUUUUUCUCGCUGUGACGAAUUUAUAAUAAUUUCCUCAAUCUAACUACCUCUUUUAGUAUGUAUAAAUUUUAGAUUUUAAGCGAAUACUCAACGAAAUUACUUUCAAUUUAUCCCACUAUUAUAUACUUUUUUAACCGUCCUGAAUAACGCUUAGUAACAUUCCAUCGCGAAGUAUACGAAUUUAAAAUCCGAUUUCGAUCUGUUCGAUUAAUAAUUUUCAGCGUUGACACCCUCUCUACCCCUCCUCUCUUGAAUGUGCACAUUUUCGCUUUCAUAUUUGUUACGAAGUGCUUUUUUUGGUGUGUCUUAUUGUCAGUGGAUCUAUAUUUUACGUCAUUUUUCUGAAGUAUUGGUUUCUUCGUUUUUGAAACUGUGAUCGAUGAACUUAAAUGUUAAUUUUUUUUAAACAUAAUAAUCAUAGUAUUAUAAGUCUAACCGUAUAAGAGGAUGGUUUUCUAAUUACAAAAGCUGCAUUUUUACGUAGACUGUAGACUUACAUUAUUAUCGAAUGCAUGACCUGGACGCGUUUUUUACUUGUUAUUUUUAUUGUCCCCUUCCCCCUCCCCCCACUGAAUUUUAAUUUUAUGACGUUGGCGUGUAAUAUUGAUUGAUGGCAUUUAGGACAGAAAAAUAUUGUUACGAAACUCAGUUAUCAUAUUUUAAUCCAUCUCCUUUUUACUUAUUUUUCCUUAAGUUUUUAUCGUUAUGUUUUAAAAUGUAUUUUUUAUAAUAGCGUGUAAGACUUUUUAUUAUUUCGAUUUCAGUUUUUUUGUAUUCUGUUGUUUUUCUUUGUAUGUAAUUGGAAACGUUCGCAAUAAAGUUGAAUAUUUUUUUGGC